UUCUAUAUAGUAUAUACAACAUAAAGUAAAGCAAAUUAUAAAUUAGAAAAAGUAAAUAAAAGAUUUUGAAAUAAAUAUAACAUUUAUUAUAAAUUAUAUACAUAUUCAAAUAGCAUUAAGUUUCAAAAAUGAGCAAGGACAAGGAGAAUAAUUUACCCAAAGCAAAUUCCGACCCCCAUUGUCCAGUUACAAGGAAAGGUUAUUUGACAAAUUUGCUCACUGGUGAACCAAUUGAAAUCAAAGAAAGUGAUGGGCUUGGAAGAUGCAGAAUUGUAACUGAGUUUGAGAAAAUUAAAAGAAUCGGUGAAGGCACUUAUGGAGUAGUAUAUUACGCUCGUGAUACCAAGACUAAUGAAUUUGUGGCUUUAAAAAAGGUAAGAAUGAAUCAAGAAAAAGAUGGUAUUCCGAUCAGCAGUUUGAGAGAAAUACAAAUAUUAAUGAGUUGCGAUCAUAUUAAUGUAGUAAAAUUAAGAGAAGUUGUAGUUGGAAAAAGUCUUGAAAGUAUAUUUUUAUCAAUGGAAUAUUGUGAACAGGAUUUGGCAUCAUUGCUAGAUAACAUGCCAAAUCCAUUUUCAGAAUCUGAGGUCAAAUGUAUCGUAAUUCAAGUACUAAAAGGGCUUAAAUAUUUACACUCCAGAUUUAUUAUUCAUCGUGAUUUGAAAGUUUCAAAUCUUUUAUUGACUGACAAAGGAUCUGUUAAAAUUGCUGAUUUUGGACUUGCAAGAUUUUUCGGAAUACCAACAAAGCCUAUGACACCGCAGGUUGUAACCCUUUGGUAUCGAUCACCGGAACUACUUUUAGGUAGUCUUCAUCAGACUACUGCCAUCGAUAUGUGGGCUUUAGGUUGUAUAUUUGGGGAACUUUUGAGUCACAAGCCACUGUUACCAGGAAACACUGAAGUUGAACAAUUGGAAAUGAUAAUUGACCUGUUAGGAACCCCAUCAGAAGCUAUUUGGCCAGAAUAUCCUUCACUACCGGCUUUGAAAAGUUUCACUUUAAAAAAUCAACCCUAUAACAAUUUAAAAACUAAAUUUCCUUGGUUGUCGGCGGCAGGUUUAAGGCUUUUGAAUUUUUUGUUUAUGUAUGAUCCGAAAAAAAGGGCUACCGCAGAUGAGUGCUUACAGAGUUCUUACUUUAAAGAAGCUCCUUUGCCUUGUGACCCAAAAUUGAUGCCGUCGUUUCCACAACAUCGAAACAUGAAACAGGAUAGUCCUCAACAAAAUCAAAGUGCAAGUUCAAAAAAUGUACCCUCAGGUGUUUCUGAUAAUUUAUCAGAUUUACUUGGUAGUUUAAUAAAAAAGAGAAGAGUUGAUUAGUAUAAUUUUACUUUUUAAUUUUGUGUACCUAUUUUAUUUACAAAAUAAAGAUAACUUCAAUUUACAAAUACUUUCUA